AUGCCAUCCACUAGAGUUGCUAUCAUUGGUGCAGGCAUCGCUGGACCAGUUCUCGCAAUGCUUCUGAAGCAAAAAGGCUAUGAUCCUGUCUUAUAUGAACGUACCGAAAACAUUACUUCUACAGGUCUUAGCCUUGCACUCCAGACAAACGGCCUGAAGGUGCUCCGCCUCAUUCCAGGGCUUAUCGACAUUCUUCCCGGACAGCGCAUCACUCACUCAGCGGUAUUAUCGACUGUCUCAAACCGGACAAUUGUCUUGAAUGACUUUCCAUCACGUGCGCCCGCACAUUUCGGUCUUGGUAUGCGUGGUGUCCAGCGUGAGGAAUUUCAUCGUACACUCGUUGAACAGGCUGUAACACGUGGAAUACCCAUACAUUGGGGUUACCAACUUGAAAGUCUGAAAGAGCUCAGUGGAGAGGGCGAAAGCGAUGCAAACGUGGAACUGCAUUUCGCUAAUGGAGAGACUGCGCAGGCAAGCUUCGUUGUUGGAUGCGAUGGCCUACAUAGUAAUACUCGAUCAGCCCUCUUCGGAGAGAUGAAGCCUGAUUAUACCGGGAAUGUCCAGACGGGGGGGAUGUCUCCAAGACCUCAGGAAUUUAAGGACAUUAACACGGUCUGCAACUAUAUAGGAAAGAAUGCGCAUAUAGUCGCCUAUCCCAUUAUGGAGAAUUAUUUCUCAUGGGCCAUUACUCAGCCGGAAGAAGAACGUAAAGAAUCGUGGCGUUCCAUUGAUGAAGAACAGAAAGAGGCAUUCAAAAACGGACCUUUUUCUCAAUUGAGCCUCGGUGCAGGCGAGAUGGUAAAGACAACUACUAAGGUCGUAAAAUAUGGUCUGUAUGACCGCCCCGAAUUGAAGACGUGGUACAAAGGUCGCGUAGUUUUGCUUGGCGAUGCUGCGCAUCCUACCACUCCCCAUCUGGGGCAGGGAGCAAAUCAGGCUUUUGAAGACGUCUAUCAUCUCGUGCGAUCUUUGACAAUUCACCAUCCAUCCGCUUCCACGCCUCCUGGCAUCGAGCAACUGAUAUCGGCGUUCGCCGAAUAUGAGCGUGUGCGUCUUUCACGUAGCUCGGACCUAGUUCGCAAGGCUCGCGCGCGUGGAGCGCAGAGAGUCACGAACAUCAAUACGAACGACUCGGAUGCUGUGGAACGUUGGGAAGAGGCGUGGAAGAUAAUGUGGAGUGAAGAGAAUAUGAUGAAGGAUGCGGAUGAUUAUUCAAAGCAACCAUACGAGCGGGAGAGUGAGAUGUGA